GGAGGCGGAAGUUGUGGUUGUUGUGGAGUAAAUAUAUGGACGUACGGUAUAUCGUGAGUUAUCAGCAGCAGAUGAGAAAUGGGAAAUAACCAGCCUUUCUGUUUUUGCUGUGCUGUUUUCCGCAACAUGAACUGUUUGUAAAUGACCGUGUGAUGUCGAAGAGACGCCAGGAAACACCCGUCACGUAGUCCUGCUAACCAGCGGCUAACAGCUAGCAGAGGAAGGUAGCAGCAGCAGCCAUGGCCGAGGCCGGAGCUCAUCUGACCUCCACCGCUGUUAACGAGCAGCCGUCGAUCUUUGAGGUCCUGGCACAAGAGUCUCUGAUGGAGGCGGUCAAACCUGCACUGAGACACGCCGUCAAAGUUCUGGCAGAGUCCAACCCGUCCAGUUUUGGCUUUCUGUGGCAGCGCUUUGAUGAGCUCUACCUGCUGCUGGACCUCCUUCUCCAGAACCACUUCCUGUCUCACUCCAGUGCCUCCUUCUCUGAGAACUUCUACGGCCUGAAAAGAGUUUCAGGUAAGCGGGGGGGACUUGCUGCUCGCCUGGGACUGAACUGGAAGUCGCACUGGCGAUCUCUUCUUCUUCUGUGCCUGGUGCCGUACCUGCGGGCAAAGCUGGAGACGACGCUGGCGCAGCAGAGGGAUGAGGAGGACUUCUCCAUUCAGCUGGCACGAACCAGGAGCCAGAGGCUGUACCGGGCGGCCGUGGCGGCGUACCCGUACGUCAACACAGCCUGGCAGGCCUGGGUCUUCUGUCAGCAGCUGCUCUUUGUCUUUGGCGUUGCUAAAACCCAUAGUCCUCUGCUGUGGCUGGCCAGGGUGAGACUGGCACGACUGAACGCUCAAGACAUCAGAGACAUAGAGCUGAAGGCCAGCAACACUGGAAACCCAGCUGGCAAGAGCCUGGUGCACAGAGUGUGGUGGUUGAUGUCACAAGCAGCGAGGGCCGUGGCCGUCCCCCUCUCCACCUCCCUCUCCCUGGGCGUGUUCUUCCUGCAGUUCCUGGAGUGGUGGUACUCCUCUGAAAACCAGAGCACCGUCAAAGCCCUCACCUCCCUGCCUGCUCCUCCGCCCCCCCUCCACCUGCAGGAGGAGCACAGCCGCGGGGAUUCUCCAUUCGUCUCGACCAAUCACCGCAAAGAAACUCAGCAGGGCUCUGAGCUCAGGAACUGUCCUCUGUGCCGGAGGCUCCGCACCAACACCACGGUACUGUCCACCUCUGGCUUCGUCUUCUGUUACCGCUGCAUCUACACGUACGUGAAAGCCAACCGCCGCUGCCCGGUCACCGGAUAUCCCACCGAACUGCAGCACCUCAUCAAGAUAUAUUCACCGGAGAGCUAGACCACAGU